AUGGUAUCCUCUACAUUGGAGAAACCAAACAGGCAUUGGGUUUCUACUUUUGCAGAGCACCUGUGUUCAAUCCAUGGGGCACUCCUGAGCUUCUUGAAGGAGACGGUGUUGCUCCCACUUGUCAACAAGCUGCUGUUUGGUUCAUCACAAGACAGCACAGGGGAACCUCUGACAGCACAGCUGGUACCAAGCAAGGAACUUGAGGCCCUCCUUGCUGGCUUGGAGAAGAAGAUCCGCUCAGAUGCUUCACUAUAUCCUGGUCUGGCAAUGGAGGCACACUCGGCAACUGUCAGAGCAGGGAUUCUUAAGGAAGUGGAAAGCAUUGUGGAGCAAGCCCUGAAACUGUACAGCGCUGACAGGGUUGGAUUGGUGGAUUAUGCACUGGAAUCUGCUGGUGGCACUGUGAUCCACACGCGCUGCACAGAGACGUAG